AUGGAUGCAUUCCAAACAAUCCUGAAGUUCUUUAUGAACCGGAAAACCGCUAUAGGUUACAGUUUUAUGGCGCUGCUGACAAUGGGAGGUGAACGUGUGUUUUCUCUUGUUGCUUUCAGAUGCCCUUGCAGCAACGAAAACUUCAGGUACGGUCUGGUAUUUCUCUUCUCGCCAGCUCUUGUUUUGCUGGUUAUCGGAUACUUCUUGAACAGCAAGACCUGGAAACUCUUUACAGGCUGCUGGGUGAAUCCCAGGAAAAUAUUCCCCAGAGGGAAUAUCUGCCAUUUCUUUUACGUCUUUGGACAAAUCACUUUAAAUGCUCUGGUAGCCCCAGUGAUGUGGCUUUCCGUGGCUUUGCUCAACGGGACUUUUUACGAAUGUGCCAUGAGUGGCUUGAAAAAUCCUGCCUACUUACAAGCAGUUUGCCACAGCAAAUCGGAGAGCUGCUUUGAAGAGCUACACAAGGUAGCCUGUGACAAAAGUUCCCUGCCCUUUUCAGAGAGUGAUGAACUGAAAAGAACACUUCAAGCACAGUCCCAGAUUUUAGGCUGGUGUGUGAUAGUUACCACAGCUGUCCUCUCCCUGCUAACCACUUGCUGUGCCAGCUGCCAGUCAAAAGUCAGCCACCUCCAGCUGAUGUUCUGGAGAGUAUAUGAGGGGACAGAGAAGGAGCAACUGGAGCAGAUUUUCCAGCUGUAUGCCACCAAGCUGAGCGAGCGAAACCUGAAGUGCUUUUUUGAAAACAAGGAACCAGAACCCAUUUCCCUGCCAGCUUUUCAGGCAUGGGAAGAUGCUUCCCAGCUCUACUCUUUCAGCAGCAGCAAACAGCAUUAUAGCACGAUUCACAAGCUAGUUGAAGAAGGCCAGAAAGGAACCAGUGAGGAAAGAGAGACAAUGCUGGACCUUGCGGAUAGAAGGGAAGUACCAUAGACCAAGUAUAUUUUCAGAUUUUUUUAUAUCUUGUUAAUAGGCAUAUUUCUAUCUGGUUUCAUCUCUAUGUUUUUUUUUCACAAUGGCCUCUUUCUUCUUCAUCAUGUUUCCUCCCAGUUAGUUACUUGCUCCAAAAGGAUGGAAUGAAAUUAUUUCCCUACACGAGUGAAAAGGCUGCAGCACUCCACAGCACCCAGGGCUCAUGUCACUAGCUCAGCAUCAAGAGCUGAGAGUACAAAGAAAGGAGUAAUGGCUUCUACAAGAGGGUUUUAGCAAUAUGCUAUGUAAAAUGUGCUAAAAAUGCUAUGUAAAAUAGUGUGCUUGUCCUAUGUAAAUCUAGAGACUGUCAACAAGUAAAGUCAUUUAAAGUGUGUGAAUAUAAUAACAAGAUACGUGUGCCUUUCUGACAGCCAACACACAGAAAGCAAAGGUUUUCUGUCCAGGUCAUUUCCAGGCCAAUUGCAGGUACAGCCUUGUUUUGAGGCACCAGCGAUCCCUCAAGGCUUCUCUGUCUUUGGAUAUUUUGCCUCUGUAGGACAUCUCCCUGUUAUCUGCUCCCAGUCUAGACUUUUUCUUUGUAUGG